UCCUAGCUGCUGUUGUUGUCGCGUCGAAUGAAGAUCAACUGUCUUUGGCUGGGAACAAUCGUUGCACGGAGAAGAUCAAUCGUUGGUGCCAGUAGAGAGAAGAGUGGCUGCUUGAAACAGGAAGGUACCAGUCUGGUAUUUAGUCAAGGAAAGACAAGUGAAAUCGCAGCAACAGACAAACAUCAAAUCAUCGGAUUGACUGUUCACGAUGCUGUGCUGUACUAGUCUCUGGCAGGAUCCUGCCUCGGCCUACAAUGCUCAAACGAACGACGCAGGCGUAAGCCCCUUUCCUGGACAAAGACGACCUCUUGUGCAGUCUGCUGGAAAUGGAAAUCUAGUAAUGCCACCAUCUCCCCUGAUGGUGAAUGUUGUCAUUCCUCCUGGCAUGCAGGCAGGUCAAACUCUACAAGUUGCAGCUCCCGAUGGCAGUCGAACUGUGAGUGCGACGAUACCCCAAGGAAUGGAAGCUGGUCAAAGCUUCUUUGUCACAUUUCCAAAUGCUGUCGCUGGAUCUACGGCUGACAAUCAAAGCAACGGGAGUGGUAGCAAUGGAAGUGGAAAUGUCAACAAUGCAACAUCCGCAGCUCCAGCCGCAGCGCCUAUGGCAGCAGCACCUGUACUGCCGCCUGUUGCAUCGCCUUUGAAUACGAAACCUGACCAAUCAGGAACUCCAUUCUCACAAGCAUUGGAUAGACCGACUGCAGUAAACGCGCCACGCCCGAUACAGCAACAACAACCAAUGGCCCCACCUCAUCAGCACCUAAAUAGCAACAGCACCGCCAAUCAACAACAUCUCUUGCUAGUCAAUGUCCCUCCAGGGGCCCAAGCAGGGUCCACGCUGUACGUGCAAGUACCUGGAGAGAACCGAACAUUGGCAGCCAAGGUCCCUCCAGGAGUCGCUCAAUUCCAUGUUGCCUACCAACCUAGAGCAUCAGCACCGCCUGCUCCAACAAUCCACCCUAAUAGCAAUAACCGUAUUGGAAACUCCACCGCUAAUCCAAUACCUACCAACAAUAAUGGACAAAAGCUGAUUCUGGUGCGAGUGCCACCAGGGACAGCACCUGGCACAACAUUGCAUGUUGAAGUUCCUGAUGAACCAGGACGCAUUCUUGCAGCACAGGUACCCCGCGGUGUCAGUGAAUUCCAAGUUGCCUACAUGCCUCGCAACGGUAAUGUCACGCAACAAGGCUACGACAUCCCUCAAAGACCCGGGAACAUGCAAAGUCAGGGUAACAUGCAAGGUCCCGGGAACAUGAUGCUUCCAUAUGUAGGUGCUGCUGCCUUGGCAGGUGCUGCUGGAGUGGCCAUGUACGAUCAUUACCACAAUGCUGCUGCGUAUCAAGAUUACGGCGCCGAUGGAUAUGACACUGGCGCAUAUGAUGCUGGAGCCUAUGACUAUGGUGCAGGUGCUGAUUAUGGAGGAGACUAUGGUGAUUUCUAG